UCUGGACCGAUUUUUAAACCCCCAACUUUUGCCAAUGGCCCUCUUGCAGGCGUAAAAGUAGGGCAAGAGUUGCGUUUCUUGUCCAUUCCAAAAUGUGUGAUUUGAAGUUAAAUUUCCUGUCCAGCAAAACACCCAGCUAUGUGACUUUCAGUAAAUGGUGCAUUAUCUUCUUCCAAGACGAUAGGUGCCGCUGUAGAUAACUUGUAUCUUCUGCUGAAAAUAACAACUUCUUUCUCACAUGGAUUUACGCCCAGACCAAUUUCGGUAGAUUAAGGUAGAUUUCGUGAUAUAAAUCUCUAAGAGUAAUCUGUAUACGGAACCACUUCUCCAGAGGCAAUAAUAUUGACGUCGGUUUUACAUUAUUGACAGGACCUUCAGUAUCAAGAAAUGCUACAAUUGUAUAUUCCUAAAUAGCGAGAGAGCCCUCUAUGUGGCGAGUGGGUUCUAAAGGGCUGUUUCAAUGGAUUUGCUUUUCUAUAUGCAUGCCGUUGUUGAGACAGGCCAUCUCCACGUAUCUUUGCCCUAAGAGUCUACUACAACAAGCACUUAAACCACAACCAGUGGUGUCAAAUGAAGUUGAUUUAUUUCCCUCAUCUAAAGGAACAGUUCAGUACACUCCCCCCAAAAUAACUCUUGCAUUCGAAGCCACCACAACCAUCAAAAGUUGUGUUUCAACAACACUCAGCACUGAUGCUGAUGAUGACGACGAUGAUUAUGGCGGCAUCAUCAAGACCAUAGAAUCCUUAACUGUUAGUGGCUACGGUAGCAAAAAAAUAUAAAAGCUAUGUUGGCAAACAUCAAAAUCCAGUGCAAAGCAUAAAGGGCAAAAACAAUAAUAACAACUUAUGAUUGAUUGAAUUUAUCAAAAAGUUUCAUAAUGUAUUUCACAACGAUUUUUUGCAUAGCUUUUAUGAAAUGAAACAAUGCAAAUAACGCAGAAAAAUGGUAUAGAAAAAGUAAGAAAUUGCUUCAAGAAGGACGAAACACCAAAACUCCAUCAAAGACAUAAACAUGAAGGACCUUUAUCCAUCGAACAGAAACUACAGUUGGCGAUCAAAGUUUCCUCGCCUCAGAGCUACUUUGAAAUCCUUACGAGGCAAUUCCAUUGGAAAGGAUCGAAGGAACUUUUCGUUGGCAGCCAAUCGCAAUCACUAACGAAUGCUGAUCCCCUAUUGCAGUGUAGUUUACCGUUAAAGCGCAGCUAAAACUUUAAACCUCUUCAAUGUCAGCUUAAAGUGAUUGUGGUGAAUAUAUGUAACUACAAUGCGUUA